AUGGCAGACGUUUCAGACCCUACAAUCGCCGAAGCUUACUUCGAGGUCAGAAAUGACAAGUCCGAAUCAAACUGGCUACUGCUUGAUUACGAGUCCGACCGAUCUGACAAGCUGAAGCUCACCUCAACGGGCACUGGAGGCCUAGCUGAGCUCAGGGAAGCAUUAGACGACUCCAAGGCAUCGUAUGCAUACGCCCGAGUAAGCUACUCAAACGACAAGGAGUCGACGCGAGAGAAGUUUAUUCUUGUGGUGUGGAUAGGACCAAAUUGCAAAGUUAUGAGGAAGGCCAAGAUCUCCGUUCAUUCUGCCGACGUCAAGAACGUUCUUCGAGUAUACUCGAUCGAAGUGGCCGCGCGCGAGAAAGACGACCUCAACGAGGAUCCCAUUGUUGUGCGGUUGCGGAAGGCUGGGGGCGCAAGCUACGACGGCGUUUAA